GGUAUAUUGGGCCUCGGUGGGAGACGGCGGCUUGGGAAUUCGGUCGAGGAAAAGGGGCGACAAGGAUAUCCAUGGCUUCCAAUGUUUCUCUCAAGGGGAAAGAAAAGGCCGGGAAGGGCUCCAAGUCGUCGGAGGAGCGGUCGGCCAAGUGCGUCAAGGAGUGGAGCACCUGGGCGAUGAAGAAGGCCAAGGUGAUCACCCACUACGGAUUCAUCCCCCUUAUCGUCAUCAUCGGCAUGAACUCCGAGCCCAAACCCCAACUCUACCAGCUCCUCAGCCCCGUCUGAUGUCCCCUUCCAACAUCGGCAAGUUUACACUUCCUGAUUGUGGUUUUUGGUUCUUCCCAUUAGGGAUUUGGGUUCCUUGGCCUACACAAUUAGGGAUAUUGGUUCUUUCGAGUGCCCUUGAUUAGAACAUAUAAUUCGUCGACUCGUAAACUUUCUUGAAUCGACGAUUUUAUGCUUACAAUGUCUUCGCAGACGUAAUUAUUAUCUUUUGGUAGUAUAAUCGAUCGUGCUUGCUCAUCAUGAGAAUUGAUGCAA